AUGUAUCCUUCAGAUGGACAGCAGCCUGAGUGUAAGAUCAAACCCAAAACCAUGGCUCUGAGACCCAGGGAGGGGCUCAAGUUCUGUAAUCAGUACACCUUUGGCAAACCACAUCUGAUGCCCAGAUGCCUUACUAUCAGUGAGAAGGAAACCUCCAUGGAUGUGUUCUUUCGACGUCACUUUAAAAGGAAGGAGGGUGUUUUUGCUAGGCCGGGCAGUGAAGGGUCUGAGCCAUGCCGAACAAGGAGACCCAGCAUUGCUGUACCAGCGAGCCGUGCUCGCAGGCGUUCCAGCGCAGGUUUUGCCUCGGCUACGCUAGCCCAGAGAAGGAAAUCCAGUGUCCAGCUCCAGUCACUUCAAUCACUCCAGUCUCUGUCUCAUGCUGCCAGCAGCCGAUCCAUUAAGACUGGUAAUGCGAGGCGGCGUUCAAGCACCACCACUCCAGGUGCAAAUCCACGGUUUGCUGUACGCCGCAAGAAAGCAAGUAAGUUACGUAACAUCGACACGCACCUUCUUGGCCCCUCCAUGCUCCUUGCCAGCCUCAUCCAAAUGACAGAGGAGGAAGAGAAAGUCCGGGACCAAGCAGUUGGACAGGUGGAAUUGAAAGGGAACAUGUCCUACGUCUGCCCGGACCCACUGAUUUCAGAAGGAGACAGCGAAAGUGAUAGUCCAAACUCUACUUCUGACUCUGACAAUGAUCAGUACUCAGAGCCAUGUGAUGAGCAUCUUAUGGAUUUACCAGAGCAGGAGUUAAAAAAUUGCUCUGUUUUGUGCCAGCGGAACUGCCUGCCUCUAAGCGUGGUGGUCGAGCGAGUCCAGGCCCAUACGCUAAUCCGUGUUCCACGAUGUCUCAGGAGAAAUUCCUCGUACCUUGUCCCUGCUGAAGGUGGCCUACAAGGGCGUUAUUGCCAAAGAAGGCGCUGCAGACGGGUAUCUACCAUCGCCAAGGCAGGCAGCCCUUGGCCAGGAAGAGGUCAACCUCUGCCUAGUCGCAGGAACUCCACUUGUUGGAAGACGCACACUGCUUUUAACCAGUUAAUGGGGGCCCAUUACGAUCCUUCACUAGAGUCAUGGAGUGGCUUCCUCUCAAAAGCUAUUGCCAAGUCUGGUGUUCAGAACCAAACCAACCAAUCAACUACUUUGGCGACCAAGUGUGAAUCUAACCAAGAGAUUUCCCAGACUGUAGACUGGACCGAGAAUGCUCAGUUCGGACAACACGUCUGGUUUGAGACCAGUCUUUCUGGAGAUUUCUGCUAUGUUGGAGAGCUUUUCUGCUUUGCCAAAUCACUGCAAAAAUCACUGCCUCGCUAUAAAUGUGCUGCUUGCAAAAUAGCCGUCCAUACAAUAUGCAUGGAGCAGCUAGAGAAGAUUAACUUCAGGUGCAAGCCCUCGUUUCGGGAUCCAGGUACAAGAAACGUGCGAGAGCCAUGUACUGUACGGCAUCACUGGGUUCAUAGGAGGCGGCAGGAUGGGAAGUGCAGGCAAUGCGGAAAGGGUUUCCAGCAAAAGUUCUUCCACAAUAAAGACAUAGUUGCCAUCAGUUGCUCUUGGUGCAAACAAGCGUACCACAAUAAGGUGACCUGUUUCAUGCUACAGCACAUUGAGGAGACAUGCACUCUUGGUGCGCAUGCUGCUGUUAUAGUUCCUCCUACCUGGAUCAUUCGUGUGCGCAGACAGCAGGCUUCCCUUAAGUCUAGUAAAAGGAGGAAAAAGACGUCGCUGAAAUGCAAGGCCAGCAAGAAAAGCACAGAGGACGGCAAAUGGAAGCACUUUGUAGUCAAGCCGAUUCCCUCUCAGCUCAUGAAGCCGUUGCUUGUGUUCGUGAAUCCGAAGAGUGGUGGAAAUCAGGGAACAAAAAUUAUUCGGUCUUUUUUGUGGUACCUAAACCCAAGACAAGUGUUUGAUCUCACUCAAGGAGGCCCUAGAGAGGGGUUAGAAAUGUACCGCAAAGUGCCCAAUCUGCGCAUCCUGGUAUGUGGAGGAGAUGGAACGGUUGGCUGGAUCCUGUCAGUGCUGGAUGAGCUGCAGUUGAAUCCUCAGCCCGCUGUUGCUGUUCUCCCACUUGGCACAGGAAACGACCUGGCCAGAACACUCAACUGGGGAGGGGGCUACACAGAUGAGCCGGUGUCCAAAAUCCUGUCUCAUGUGGAGGAUGGGAACAUUGUGCAGCUGGACCGCUGGAACCUCAGUGUGGAGCCUAAUCCAGAGGCCAGCGAAGACGAGAAAGACGAACACCAAACAGACAAGCUUCCCAUUGAUGUCUUUAACAACUACUUCAGCCUGGGAUUUGAUGCCCAUGUAACCUUAGAGUUCCACGAAUCCCGAGAGGCCAAACCUGAAAAAUUCAACAGCCGUCUUCGGAAUAAGAUGUUCUACGCGGGGACGGCAUUCUCUGACUUCCUUAUGGGCAGCGCAAAAGACCUGUCUAAGAAUAUUCGAGUGGUGUGUGAUGGCACAGACCUCACUUGUAAAGUUCAGGAGAUGAAGCUACAGUGUUUGCUCUUCCUCAACAUACCCAGAUAUUGUGCAGGUACAACGCCAUGGGGCAACCCUAGUGACCACCAUGACUUUGAGCCUCAGAGGCAUGAUGACGGCUACAUAGAGGUUAUUGGAUUCACCAUGACGUCUUUGGCCACGCUGCAGGUGGGAGGCCACGGCGAAAGGCUGCAUCAGUGUCAGGAGGUGACUCUCACCACCUUCAAGCCGAUUCCUGUGCAGGUCGACGGGGAGCCGUGCAGACUGGCUCCAUCUGUUAUCCACAUAACUCUCAGGAACCAGGCCAACAUGCUGCAGAAGACCAAGAGGAGAAUCUCCCUCCCACAGCUCAAUGAUCAGCAGCCCAUCUCUGAGCAGCUGCAUAUCCAAGUGAGCCGAAUCAGCAUGCGUGACUAUGAGGCUUUACACUAUGACAAAGAUCAGCUCAAAAAAGCCUCUAUUCCUCUGGGAAUCAUUACUAUCCAAGCAGACAGCGAUUUGGAGACGUGUCGUCUGCACAUCGAGAGGAUUCACGAGGAUGAGGAGAAUUCGGACCAUACAGCGACCAUACCUAAGCUCUCACCAAAAUGGUGCUUCCUAGACUCCACAACUGCAGAUCGAUUCUACAGAAUAGACCGUGCUCAGGAGCAUCUGAACUAUGUGACUGAGAUCUCGCAGAAUGAGCUUUUUAUCCUGGACCCUGAGCUGAUCACUAAGGAAACGGUGGGCACAUCUACUGGAAUGCCAGAAAUGGUAGACACACUGGGAGAGAACUCGAAUAGCUCUGACCAGAUUGCCUUCCCCGCAUGCCCUGCCACAUCGUCACCAUUUUAUAGAGUGAAUGAAGAUCCAUCUGCAGCUCUGAAACCUCACACGUCCUGCGAUGUCGUCGGUGCAGAGGAACAGGCUGAUGUGCUGGAAUCCACACACAAAGACAUUUGCAAUACUCGCAGAUCAGAUAUGAAAAUGUCCAGAAAUGAAAAUGAUAAAGAGACUAUGAAAAUGCUAAUCACAAGUGUGAAGUCAGAUAAUUUCAAAAAGCUUGUAGAGUUACACAAAGAAGGAGCCAAUCUCGCAGUAUCUGAUGCACUGGGCUGUACUCUGCUGCACUAUGCUGUAGAUAAUGGCAACAAGGAAAUGGUCAGAUACAUCAUAGAUAAUGCUCCUGGUAGUAUCCUGGAUGUUUCAGAAAGAGAUACAGGUGAGACAGCACUACACAAAGCAGCAGCAUUAUCCCAGAGGACGAUCUGUGGCUACUUGGUGGACGCAGGAGCUUCCCUCGCAAAGACCGACCUACAGGGUGAUACUGCAAAGGCCCAUGCUGAGAGAGCUCAAGACUGGAAGCUGGCUGAGUAUUUGGAAAACCAACAGCAUCACCAGAUGAUUCAGAGGGACGACCAUGAGACGGCGGUAUAGCCAACCACGCGUACUGUUCUUAUAAUCCACUGAGAAAAUGCACCCGCUUUUUUUUUUUUCUUUAACGACACCAGGCCAGCAUGCCGGUCUAAAUGAAAACGGUUCAUUUCUUUCUUGACUUUAUAGCCAAAACGAAAUGGAAAAAAAAAACCCCAAAAAAACUUUAUGUCCUGUUGUAGCUGCAUGAAUGCUUUUCUUGUACUAUGGGUCAUUUUAUAGAUAAUUAACAUAUAUUAUUUUUUUUUACGUCAGGGUUAGAUGAACUAAACUAAAUCUGACUGUGGCUUUAGCCUUUUAUUAAGCAAACCACUUAAACCUCAAAACAGACCAUUGUGGACUUUUUUUGCUGUAUUUAAAGGAUCUAUUUUACUUUUAACUAGAUAUUUACUGGCCAGAUAAUUACAGGGCCUGUAUAAACUUUGGAAACACCUAGUUUUUUAAGGUUUUUAAGAGACACGUAAUUUUAUAUAUAUAUAUAUAUA